CCGCACCCACCCCACACCCAAAAAAAACCAUAAGGCCUUCAGAUCUUAAAGGUUUGAAUCACUAAUCAACAUUACACCAAAAUGGCGAGCCGCAAAUCAAUAACAGAGGAGCGUGCAGGAGCAGAGAUCGUGUAUGGCUCAGAAGAAUGCUAUCGCCACUCCGUAGAGCUCCUGGAAGAACUAGGGUUUCCUCGAGGGGUGCUUCCAUUGCAGGACCUGGUGGAGUGUGGUAGGGUUCGAGAGACAGGCUUCGUGUGGAUGAAGCAGAAAGGUCCGUACGAGCACAUGUUCGAGGCCACCAACACGAGGGUGAGCUACGCGGCGGAGGUGACUGCCUACGUCGAGAAGGGGAAGAUGAAGAAGAUGAGUGGGAUUAAGAGCAAGCAGAUGUUCGUGUGGGUUCCUAUCACGGAGAUGAGCCUCGACGACGACACGAAUGCCACUAAGAUACUGUUCAAGACUCCGAUGGGAAUCGGAAAGUCUUUUCCGAUCACUUCCUUCAUGACCGACCAGGAAAAGGACAAGUACCUUCAAAACAUGAACAAUGGCACUAAAUUAAUUCUCUGAGCUCCCAAACUAUACUGGCGGUUCCUUCAUAUGUUUGGGAUCGGCCAAUAAUUUGAAAUGCUUUAUUUAUCUUUAAUCGAUUAUUACUAUAAUUUUAUUGAGAGUUAAAAUAAAUUUAUGUGAUCUGUAUUCUUAUUCAGAAAUAUAAUUAUUUGACUAUUUUUGUUUA